AUGCCGCCUAAACGCUCGUCUGAUCGAUCUACUGGACCAAAAAAGCGCGUUAAAAACAGCAGCGCGUCGCAGCUAUCGCAGCCAUCGCAGCCCGAACAGCCUGAGCAGUAUACACCUAUACUAUCGUCGUCUCGCGAUCUCGAUACUGUGGAGGAGAGUUUUGAGUACCGGCUGCUUAGUCAGAUCGCUGAUGCUGCAGUCGAUACAGCAGUCGAUCUAUCGCGCGAUGGUACACAGGCAUUAACUCCUCUAGCUACCGACGCGAGCGAUUUCACUGAUCUUAACGGCUGGUUCGAAGAUCGAUACGAAGGCCUUAAUUAG